AUGAUAGGAUCAUCUAAUAACCAAGGAGAAGUAAAAAGAAGCAAUAUUCCUUGGGAAUAUGCUCAUCAAUGCUCUGGAGGAGAGAGAGGCUUUUUUUUGGUGAGUUUCAUUCUGUUCAAGUAUCAAAUUAAAGAGCCAAUAAGAAAGGCAGGUAUAUUGAAAGUUACCAAAGAAGAGAAUGAGCCUGAGAACCUUCUGUGAGCCUCGGAGUGCAUGGAAAUGUUCUUUUGCUUUGAUGUGAAGGAAGUCGAUCCCAAAAGCCACUGCUAUGGUGUCUUCAUCAAACUGGGCCCCACCUAUGAUGGGAUUGGGAGUGAUGAAGAGAGUAUGCCCAAAACCAGCAUGUUGAUACUUGUCCUGGGUCUGAUCUUCAUGAAAGGCAACUGUGCCACUGAAGAGGAAGUCCAGGAAGCAGUGAAUCUGAUAGGGAUUUAUUCUGCAAAGGAUUACUUCCUCUUUGGUGCACCUAGGGAGCUCAUCACCGAAGAAUUUAAGGAAAAGUACCUUGACUACCAGUAGGUGGCCAACAGUAGUCCUGUGCAAUAUGAAUUCCUGUCAGGUCCAAGAGCCCAUGCUGAAAACAGCAAGAUGAACAUGAAGUCUUUGACCAGGGUUCAUGGAACUGAUCUGACUGCUUUCCUAUCUAAGUAUACAGAGGCUGUGCUAGAAGGAGAAGUGUACUAG